UCUUCCUAUAAAAGCUGUAGCUUAACUCAAUUUUGCAUCACAAUCAGUCAUCCUAUCCUGCUUCAUAAACAAAAGUUGCAAUUCCAUGAUGAAGUUUUUAAUAGUAAUUCUGUCACUGAUAGUUCUUACUUCUGCCGAAUGGAAACCAAAAUCUCGUGAACAAAUGAAACAAUUCCGUGUGGAAUGUGUCAGAGACUUGAAUCUUCCACAAAACAUUGUCGACAAACUUAAUCGUCAGGAAUAUCCAGAAAAUAAUGAAUACGUUAUGGAAUAUAUCUUAUGUGGUGCUCGUAAAUCAGAACUUUGGAGCGAUAACGAAGGUUGGUUAUCGGAACGAAUUUUGCGACUUCUUGGUAAUGAUAAAACACUGAACAAAGAAGAAGUACGAUCAGUAAUUGAUGGCUGUUUGGAUGAUAAUAGUCAAGGCAGUUCAUUGCAAGAAUGGUGUUUCCGCAACUUUAAGUGUUUGGCCGAUAGCAAGUUGAGAGGUUUAAUGAGAGGAAUGAUGCAAAAAUUAAAUUGAUUUAAUAAUUUCUGUCUAUGAAUUUUAUUUUUUUUUUUUACAAUUUUUAAUCGAAUAAAGUGUACUUUUUUAAUAAAUUGAAUUAACAUUUAAUGCUACAAAAUCAAGAAAACGCAUUUUUUCGUCGGUGUACCUCAGGGCUACCUUUUGUAACCGACCUUUUUUCUGUUAAUCCUACAAAGCGAAUCAUUGUAGAAAAUAAUUAUUGAUUUUUUUUU